AUGGAAUGCAGAGAGGGCAGUUCCUGUGACGUCUGGUCUCCCCCACAACAGGAAGGCGAAUGGAAUCGGAAGGACAAGGUCUUCGCUAAUGGCACCAAGCAGGCGUGCUUCGCUGUUCAUUUGCAGAGGAUCCCCCUGUUCCACAUCGCCACGACUGUUGCCCCCUGCGUCAUCCUAGUUGUGCUAAUGACCAUCACUUUUGUCAUGCCCCUGGACAAGGGAGACCGGAUCUCCUUCGGAGUGACCAUUCAGCUCUCCAUGGUCGUGUCUCUCGUGUUUGUCACGGAGGUACUUCCCGUGAAAGGGGCGCUGCCAUUUUUCGCCACGCUGAUCGUCGUGUGCAUGGGGAUGAUGGGACUUUUUCUCUUCUUCACCAUCUACAUCAUCAGCCUCCACGACAAGGAAGGGAGUCUGUCUCCAAUGGCAAAGACUGUCUUUCUCCGAUACAUGGCAAGGUUCCUGCUGCUCGGAGACCUCACAGAGAAGGAGGCUGCGAGCGACGAUGGAGAGGCUGGCCUGACCGAAGACGUGGCGGUGACCGACGUAGAGGCCCCCGCUGACGUCUCCGGGAUAACCCGCCAGCCGUCCGGCCCGCCCACCCGCCUGGAGGCCGCCGUGGAAGAGCAGACCUCUUGCCUUCGUCACCUGAUCCGCAUCGGGAAGGCGCAGCUGGAGGAGCUGGUGAAGAACGAGCCGGAGGUGUCCGAUUACACCCUGCUGACCAAGGUCCUGGACAGGCUGUGCCUUAUCCUGUACGUCAUCAGCGUUGCCGUGGCCGUGCCCAUGACCAUGAGUCUGGGCAAGUAA